AUGGCUGAAGACAACGCCGAGACCACGCGCAAGCUGGCAUCUCAACUACGUGCAAGUCUAUCAGCGCUCAAACGUGACGUGGCUAUAUCAUUUCGGCUCUGUAGUCACGACUUUGGUGUGCUUGGUACAGAGCUCGUCUCUGCACUAGAGCGAGGCAAAACGCGCGAGCGCGCGUCAUUUGAAGCUUUGGCCCGCGAGCGUGCGGCUCGUGGUCACCUAGAGACACGGCUGGCCGAGACAGAAGGGUGUAUCCGUGUGAUUUGCCGCGUGCGUCCCAUGCCGCCAACCAGCAUCGGCUCCAGUGGUGACGAUAGCGAGGGUUUGAGUCCUGAUAAACGGCGCAAACGUGUACAGGUUGAGUCAGCGCAGGAGUUAAGCGUAUAUUCGCCUGUGGACGGCGCAUUAUACAGAAGCUUCUCGUUUAGCCGUGUCUUUCAUGAGCAACAUUCUCAAUCCACAGUUUUUAAGGAGGUGGCGCCACUUGUGCUCUCGACAGUCGCGGGCCGACACGCCUGCGUGUUCGCUUAUGGCCAGACCGGAUCGGGUAAGACCCAUACAAUGCAGGGUACAAAGUGUGACAAAGGUCUGUACUAUCGAGCAGCCGAGCUUAUAUUUGACUCGGUGGCACAACAGCAGCAUGUCUAUGACUUUCAAGUAAGGAUUCAGAUUGUGGAAAUCUACAACGAGGAGAUUUAUGAUUUAUUGGCCCAGCCUUGCACCAGUAGCUGUUUAAUAGGUACAGCGACAGCUUCUACUUCUAUCGGCUUAGCUGACAGUACUUCGCCCACGAGAUCAACCACGGGCUGUCAUACCAGCGCCAGUAGUAUGUGUGGUUUUCCGUCGAGAAACCUUUCAGCUGCUGUAGAAUUCCGCCACGGUGAUAAUGGUGUUUAUCUAAACAACGUGGAGACAGUCACAGUUUCGGAUAUCGAGAGAUUUCAUGAUGCAAUUAAUCGAGCUAUUUCCAGUCGCAUGACGGCGAAAUAUGACCGCAGCAACCGUUCACACACUAUUCUAAUGUUUGAUAUUCAGCGUAACAGUAAAUCAAAUGGAGAGAAAGACACAGGCAGAUUGGCUCUUGUGGACCUGGCUGGCUCGGAACGGCUCAUCAAGACAGCAGAUACACCCGCACUCACCAUACGAGAAUCGCAACACAUUAAUAAAUCCCUUGCGGCUGUGGGUGACGUUUUAUCAGCUUUGUUAGCAAAAGAAAAGCAUGUCCCGUUUCGGAAUUCAAAACUUACUCACCUUUUACAAAAUUUGUUAAGCGGCAACCUGAACCGGACUUUAUUGCUCGUGCAUGUGAGCUCCAGAAGCGCUGACGUGCACGAGACUAUUAACUCAUUAAAAUUCGCGUCACGUGUCAGUCAUGUUCAAAUGGGUAAAUCGCGUCGCACCGAGCGAGCGGAGAUUUCCAGACUGAACGGAGUGGUCGCUAGCCAAGUCUCCCAAAUUCAGACUCUCCAGGAGAAAUUAUCAGCAGAGCUUGAGUUGCGCAGGAAAUAUGAAAAAAGGCUCGAAGAGUAUCGUCAAGAUGAACAUCGUCGUAAGCUUAAGGUUGAUGAGACCAGAAAAGCUCUGCAGCAAGUGAGAACCCCUUCACCGCCAGAAUUUCCACCUCCGAUCACUUCGCGCAGGUGGAGCUUGUACGCUCAAAAAGAAAAACUCGCCAAUGAUCAAGGGUUGAAUGGCAUCGAGAACGUUGCCGAAAAUAUACUGCGCGGUAAUGAGUCGUCACCGGAAACAACAGAUGCAAAGUUACCGAACAACGGCAAGCCAAGUGGUAUAUCGCCUCCGACAAUUUUUUCAAGGCGCCUAAGUUUGUCAGUCUUGGCCCCUAGAGAAUCUAGAGCCAAAGGAAGAGAUCGUUCGCUUCCAAUUUCUGGAAAACGAAAACGAACUAACGUUUCCGAAAAAAUUCGCAGUAUUUUAAAAAAACAACGUGGCAAUGAUGCAAGCGCAAUCGACUCAGACGCAGAUGCUGAUGGCAUUACUUUAGCUUCCAAGCAAGUUUCGUUUGAUUUGUCUCUAAAAACCAUUGGAGCGUCGUCUUCCAUACCAUACUCGGAAUCCAACGCCGCGACUAAAGCGUAUCGAAUGCAAUCCCGUCGCUGGAGCGGUGCGUGUUUUGGCUUCUAA